AUGGAUAUUGACCAGAAACUGACCAAAUUAGACUUUAGCAAUAAGGACCACCCUGAUCCCCUAAUAUUAAAUAAAUACAUCAACUUGGAAGAAUUAAAUUGUUCCAAUAGUAAUUUAACCUACUUGGAUGUAAGUGGUUGCACAAAACUUGCUUACAUUAAUGCUAGUCACAAUCGAAUUAGUAAAAUAUUUGUGAAUAACGAAGGAUUGAAAUAUUUAAACUUGCUUGAUAAUAACUUUCCUGAACAAGAUUUAACUAUGUUUAGCGAAUUGGUUAACUUGAAAGAAUUACAUAUUGGAAAUGUUGAUAAUGAUAAGGAGGGAGAUGUUUAUAAUCGAUUUCAUGGUAGUUUAGAACCUUUAAAAGACUUAAAUAAUUUGGAAAAUUUAAGUAUUAAUAAUACUGACGUUGACUCUGGAUUGGAACAUUUACCAACAAGUGUUAAAAUUUUACGAUGUUUAGCAGAUAAACCGAAUGUUAAAGUUAAAAGUUUAAAUAUGCAACUUGAGAACUUUGUUUUUGAUGUUAAGGAUGUCAUUCAGGGUAAAUAUAAUUUAAAAGCGUGGAGAAAGAAUUGGAAUUUGGAGAAUGAUAAAGAAAAUCUCCAAAAUCAAAUCAAUUCUCAUCAAAGACAAAUGGAAGAGCUAGCAUCAAAUGAAAAAGAGUAUUUGAAAUUUCAACAGGUAGAAUUGGAAAAGGAAGAAAAGGAUCUGCGUGCUAGGCAAGAAGAGAUAAAGUUGGAAAAAUCUCGGCUCGAACAGGAAGUAAAAAUUUUGAGACAACAAGUCGAAAGUUUAAAGACCGACUUGGUACGAAUAAAUGCCAUUUAUCAAAGCAAUGAGAAAAAAAUCUACGAAAUGGAAAGUAAAUUGGCAACCUUUACGGCCGAUCAAUAUACUGAUAAAGCAAGGUUGCAGGAUGAAAUAAAUGCUCUAAUAGACGAUUUAACUGUCAAAGACAAAGAAAAAAUGAGCUUAGAAAGCGAAAUAAAACGGACCAACCAAAAACUGGAAGAUAAAAAAGAUGAGAUUGAGGAAUUAGAAGGCAAGCUAAAUGAAGUUUCUAAAUCAAUUAGCAAUCUUAAAAACAAAAAAGAUGAGUUAAAUCAACUUAAAGAAGAUUUUAAUAAUAAAUUAUACGGAAGCAAAGUUAGUACUGCUAAUUUGAGAAAACAAAUGGAAAAUUUAAAAACUGAUAUACGUUCGAAAUCAAAGGAACUAUCAAACCAACUUGAGGAGCAGAAGAAAAUAAAAGAUAAACUUGUUGAAGCUAGAAGGAAUGCGGAAACAAUCCAAGAAGAAAAGGAUCAAAUGGAAAACGAUUUAGAAAGUUAUUGUAAAAAAGAGAAAAAUUUUCAAGACAACCUUGCUAAUCUUACUACUAAAUUAGAAGAUAAAGAAGUUCUAAUUAAUAAGCUCCAAGAAGAAAAGCGGCAACAAGUUAAUGAAUUAAAAGGACGAUUAGGAGAAAUAAAAGAUUUGUAUCCCCAAAUAGAAACUAAAGAACUUGAAUUGAAAGAGUUAAUUGAUACAGUUAGAACAGAACUUAGUAAAAAAAGAAAGCCCAUGUUAGAGAAACUUUUGGAGGAACAAAAGAAAAGUAUUGAAAUUAAUGAAAUUAAUGGUAAUUCUGAUUCUGAAGAACUGAAAUAUUAUUCGGAGCAAAUAAGUUCAGAACUUGACGAUAUUCAAAUUCUUCUAAGUAAGCAAAAAGAAGUUAUCCAGUUAAAGAUACAACUAAGGCAGAAAUUUGAGGCACAUGCAUCACAAGUUAAUCCUUCAUAA